AUGCGUCUCUCCUCCGCAAGCGUUCUCUGCCUCUCCCUGGCCCUCUCCGCCAACGCCUCCUGGCUCGUCGUCAACAACUUCUGCAGAAAGACCCUGUACCUCUCCAACGCCAACCAAACGAGCUGGACUCCCCCGAUUCAGAACGUCUCCACCGCGACGUCGUGGACGACCAAGAUCUCGGGAGAAGGAAAUCAACUCGGCAUCUCUCUGGUCGAAGAGUACUACAACGAAGACACACCCCGAUUCAUCCUGGGCUCUUCGGUCAAGGACGGGAGGCUGUGGUGGACGGUCAAUAGCUUGAAAGCGGAUCCCUUCGAUGGCGAGCCGUUCAAUGUGACGGCCGGCUCGAAGGAAUGCGGUUUCACGAAGGGAUACAACCUGGACGUCCACAAUUGUCCUGAUGGUGACUUUGUCCUGGCCUUCAACCCUUGCGUUGAUAAUAGUUGA